UUAUAUUCUCAAGUGGUUAAUACGGAAAAAACAGAUCAACUUUUUACCAAAACUCCCUAAUUGUUUCAGCAUUUUGAAUAAGCUCUUCGCUAAAAGCAUCAAGCAUUACUCAACCUUCCACAUUUUGUCAGUUGAUUCGAGGCACAACGAGGGAAAUGGAGAAGAAAUCGUUUUUGGGUGCUUAUGUUUUAUUUAGGUUUUUGGCUCCAAAAAAAGUUCAGGAAAAUGACCAUAUGUAUGAGAAACAAAAGGCGUUUCAUUGCAAAGUGAAGCAAAAUUUCCGAAUUUGAACAAGAAAGCCAGAUGAUUCCGCUAGACUCAAAAAAGGUCGUGGCAAGACUAGAGGGAAAGGUCUUGAAAAAAUGAAGAAGGCUAUGGGAAGCAAGAUUAAAAUAGAUAUCCCGAUUGGUAAAGGAAGGCCAAUACAGCCAAAUCAAUCAGCCAAACUAUCCAAUGAAUUAAGGAUAGUUGCUCGCAAUUUUCUUCCACUUUCAAAUAAGUGGAAGGAACUUACAAGAGAGGACAAAGAUGCAACACUAAUUAGAUGCCAAAAACGAUGUGAAAUAAACAAGGUCAAUCAAACUAAGUUUAAAUCUAAUCAUUUCAUGGGAUCAAAAGCGUUUGUACCAGCUCGUGUUGAAAUUGGUGAAAAGGAACAUGAGGGUGUAGAGCCUGACCGGAUUGAGUUCUACAAGCAUACUCAUUACACAAGUGAAAAAGGAUGGUCAUCUGAAGAAGCUGAGACUAACUAUAACAACAUGACAGAUUUAAAAGCUCUUUAUACUUCUGGAGAGUUUUCCAUGACUAUUGAUGAAAUUGUGGAUGCUGUGCUUCGUACAAAGUCGGGGUACAUAAAAGGUCUUGGUUAUGGUCCUAAACCUAAUACUACAAGAUCAACACAAAGAAGAAUGACAGAGUUAGAAGACUCCCUCAAAAAGGCAAAAUAGGAAGUUGCUAGUACCCAAAAUGAGUUACAAAAAUGAUUAAAUGCAGCUGAAACUGUGGUAGAAAACCAGAAAUCACAUAUACAAGACCAGCAGUUGUAUAUUAAAGCAUUAAAUUUUUAGUUAAAUACUGUAGCAGCAUGCCAAGAGGAAAUGCUUAAGAAAAUGCAGCUUCUUGUUAGUCCAUCGCUGUCAAGCGGAAAAAGAACUCCAUCAGAAUGCCAACUUUAGGUUGAGUCAGUCCAGUAUUCAACAAUAUUUUGUUCAGAGUGUUGAGAGAGCAUGCUUGAUACUUAAAUUUCCCAUUAGAGAGAAAUACCUCAGCAAGUUCAAGUUUCUCUGGAGUGAGGCUAGUGUUGUCCAUUGUCUUACCAAGUACCUUAAAAGAAAGUUGAACGGCCUCUUCCGUUGUGAUAUCAUCCGAUAUCAUCCUUAUAAUCCUGCUUAAGAAUUCAUUAAGCUGCCUGGUUGUUUGCUCCAAUUGCUGCGGCUUUACAACCUCUGUAAUUUCCACUUGGGUCGCUCAUGUACAGUUAGAAGCCAUUAUUUUUGUCCCAACUUGCAAAGAGAAAUGAAACACCAAAGGGACGAAGUCCACCAAACUGUGUAUAACCUUGCUUGGUAUCACAUAGUGACUGAACAAGUUGUUCAAUUGGCAUGGAUUCUUGCUAAGAGAAUGUAUAGUUGAGCCUAGAACCUGCCCGUGUUGAUCAAUAUGUUGGCAUUAGACAAAAUUCUAGCUACAACACAUGCCAUAUGAUCAUCAAUCUUGUACACCUUCUCACUCGAUGCUGAGGUCUGAAGAAGCUUAGAUAUUACUUUUUUUUCACCUAUCAACACCACCCCAUCCUUGGACAACAUGACUAUAGCACUACCUGCAUUUCCAAUAGCCUCCAUUGCGUACUAAACCUGAUAGAGACGGCCUUUGGGGGAGAAGAUUGUUGUACGGCUCUCAUACCUUCGUGAUAGUUUUUCUUAUAUGCAAUUUACCUUAAUAAAGUAAACAAGUCAAGUAUUAAGCUAUUUAAAAUACUUUUCAGAAGAUUUAGUUUUCUUGUGAGGCAACCUUAACAUUUUCUCCUACUGGUAGCUUAUGCACCUUGCAAUUGUUCACAGUAAUGGUAGGUUGUAUCACUACUAUACAGUCGAAACAGCCAUAAAUUCUACUAACUUUUAACCCAAGUCUCUCCCUUUUACUUUAUUACCCAGUUGACUAACCCCCCUACACACACAAAACAAUAAAAAGCCCACUCUUUAGUUUUUCCUCCAAUGGUGCCUUCAAAUUUGUCUUUCCCUCUAGUUUAAUGACCAGUAGUGUCGUGUCCACCUCGGGCCUACUGCAGUUAUGAAGCUCCUUUUUUGCCUCUUAACUUUUGGAACUAUAGGAAAUACCUUGAAAGAUAUACUACUCUAGUUUUUCAAUGUAUUCAACAGGGUUGCCAUAUUCAAAUGUGACCAUUGAUCUAGUGCCAAAUGCGGCCCUUGGUUUAUGUUGGCUUUCUUGUCUGUCUUCUAAAUAGCCUCUAUCUUAAAUUUAUUAAAACCUCAACCAUGACCUCCAUUUUACUAUGUGCCAUAUGGAGUGGUUCUUGACUAUCCUUUCUGAAAUGCGAUGGUACACUUGUGUUUUUAGUUUCUCGUUUGUUGGGCUUUACUUCCCGUUUGAUGAUGCAAUGAAGUCUUCUCUUUGUUCAACGGUUAAAUCACCUUUGAUCUUAUACCCUAUAAACUUAAGAUUGGUUCCAUGUAGCUAGGUUAAGUAGGUAACAUUGAUUAUAUUGAAACUGUCCAGUGAUGCAUUUCUGUAUUAUCUGUUUUUGAUGUCUUGUUGUUUUGCAUAAUGUCAUCUGAAUUGUUAGUAUUUCCAUAUGGGUGCUGGAUGAUUUUAGCAAUAAUGUAACUUGCGCUUGCAUAAUUUUCUUCUCUUUUCCACAAGUAUAAAAGUAAGAGUUAGAUGAAGACUAAUUGCAAGUUUAACACGCUAUUCGUACUUUGGAAGAAACCUCUACAUAUCUGUCUUAGUUUAGGAUAGUAGUAAUAUUUAGUACUAUAUUUCAGUUAUAUUUCCUUCGUCAUUGGACUUGUUUUAGUUUUAUUUUCCCUGUAAGGAAAUAUUACCUUGGUACAAUUUUAGUUUUCU